CCGCCGCCGCCGCCGCCGCCGCCACCGCCGCCGCCUCACACACACUCGGGGAGCGGGAGCGCGGCGCGGACGCCGAGCCGCCGGGGCUGCUGCGCCCAGAGCCAGCCGGAGCCGGAGCCGGAACCGCAGCGCCAGCCCGAGGGAGCCGCAGCCCGGGCCGGGGCCGGGGGCGGCUCAUGGACUGCAGGGCCCGCGGCCGGCGCUGCCCCGAGGCGGCCUUCCUGACCCUGGAGCCUGCCCGGAUGGGGCCCCCGAGGCGCAGCCCAGGCCCGGCGGGGCACCGGCUGCUGCUGGCCCCCUUGCUGCUGGCCCUGCUGCUCCUGCUGGCUCCAUCCCCCGGCCACGCCACUCGGGUGGUGUACAAGGUGCCGGAGGAGCAGCCGCCCAACACCCUCAUCGGGAGCCUCGCGGCCGACUACGGCUUUCCAGACGUGGGCCACCUGUACAAACUAGAGGUAGGCGCCCCGUACCUGCGGGUGGAUGGCAAGACGGGCGACAUCUUCACCACCGAGACGUCUAUCGACCGCGAGGGGCUCCGCGAGUGCCAGAACCAGCUCCCCGGGGAGCCGUGCAUCCUGGAGUUUGAGGUGUCCAUCACGGACCUCGUGCAGAACGGCAGCCCCCGGCUGCUGGAGGGCCAGAUAGAGGUACAGGACAUCAACGACAACACGCCCAACUUCGCCUCGCCGGUCAUCACGCUGCCCAUCCCCGAGAACACAAACAUCGGCUCCCUCUUCUCCAUCCCAGUGGCUUCGGACCGGGAUGCUGGCCCCAACGGCGUGGCAUCCUACGAGCUGCAGGCCGGGCCCGAGGCCCAGGAGCUGUUUGGGCUGCAGGUGGCAGAGGACCAGGAGGGGAAGCAGCCACAGCUCAUCGUGAUGGGCAACCUGGACCGGGAGCGCUGGGACUCCUACGACCUGACCAUCAAGGUGCAGGAUGGUGGCAACCCGCCGCGUGCCAGCAGCGCCCUGCUGCGCGUCACUGUGCUCGACACCAAUGACAACGCCCCCAAGUUCGAGCGGCCCUCCUACGAGGCCGAGCUGUCUGAGAACAGCCCCAUAGGCCACUCGGUCGUGCAGGUGAAGGCCAAUGACUCAGACCAAGGGGCCAACGCGGAGAUUGACUACACGUUCCACCAGGCGCCCGAAGUGGUGAGGCGCCUGCUGCGACUGGACAGGAACACGGGCCUCAUCACGGUCCAGGGCCCGGUGGACCGCGAGGACCUGAGCACCCUGCGCUUCUCGGUGCUCGCCAAGGACCGCGGCACCAACCCCAAGAGCGCCCGGGCGCAGGUGGUGGUGACCGUGAAAGACAUGAACGACAACGCCCCCAGCAUCGAGAUCCGCGGCAUCGGGCUGGUGACCCACCAGGACGGGAUGGCCAACAUCUCCGAGGACGUGGCGGAGGAGACAGCCGUGGCCCUGGUGCAGGUGUCGGACCGAGACGAGGGAGAGAAUGCCGCUGUCACCUGCGUGGUGGCGGGCGACGUGCCCUUCCAGCUCCGCCAGGCCAGCGAGACGGGGAGCGACAGCAAGAAGAAGUACUUCCUGCAGACGACCACCCCGCUCGACUACGAGAAGGUCCAGGACUACACCAUCGAGAUUGUGGCCGUGGACUCGGGCAACCCCCCCCUCUCGAGCACCAACUCCCUCAAGGUGCAGGUGGUGGACGUCAACGACAACGCCCCCGUCUUCACCCAGAGCGUCACCGAGGUCGCCUUCCCGGAAAACAACAAGCCGGGGGAAGUGGUGGCCGAGGUCACCGCCAGCGACGCGGACUCGGGCUCCAACGCCGAGCUGGUUUACUCUCUGGAGCCCGAGCCGGCCGCCAAGGGCCUCUUCACCAUCUCCCCCGAGACCGGCGAGAUCCGGGUGAGGACGUCGCUCGAUCGCGAGCAGCGCGACAGCUACGAGCUGAAGGUGGUGGCGGCCGACCGCGGCAGCCCCAGCCUCCAGGGCACAGCCACCGUGCUCGUCAACGUGCUGGACUGCAACGACAAUGACCCCAAGUUUAUGCUGAGUGGCUACAACUUCUCGGUGAUGGAGAACAUGCCGGCGCUGAGUCCGGUGGGCAUGGUGACCGUCAUUGACGGGGACAAGGGGGAGAACGCCCGGGUGCAGCUCACGGUUGAGCAGGACAACGGCGACUUCGUCAUCCAGAAUGGCACGGGCACCAUCCUGUCCAGUCUGAGCUUUGACCGGGAGCAGCAGAGCACCUACACCUUCCAGCUGAAGGCGGUGGACGGCGGCGUCCCCCCGCGCUCCGCCUAUGUCGGCGUCACCAUCAACGUGCUGGAUGAGAACGACAACGCGCCCUUCAUCACCGCCCCUUCCAACACCUCCCACCGGCUGCUGACCCCCCAGACCCGGCUGGGGGAGACGGUCAGCCAGGUGACGGCGGAGGACAUCGACUCCGGUGUCAACGCUGAGCUGACCUACAGCAUCGCCGGCGGCAACCCGUACGGCCUCUUCCAGAUCGGGUCACAUUCCGGGGCCAUCACCCUGGAGAAGGAGAUCGAGCGGCGCCACCACGGGCUGCACCGCUUAGUGGUGAAGGUCAGUGACCGGGGCAAGCCGCCGCGCUACGGCACAGCCCUGGUCCACCUCUACGUCAACGAGACCCUGGCCAACCGCACGCUGCUGGAGACCCUGCUGGGCCACAGCCUGGACACCCCGCUGGACAUCGACAUUGCCGGGGACCCAGAAUACGAGCGCUCCAAGCAGCGCGGCAACAUCCUCUUCGGCGUGGUGGCCGGCGUGGUGGCCGUGGCCCUGCUCAUCGCCUUGGCCGUGCUCGUGCGCUACUGCCGGCAGCGGGAGGCCAAGAGUGGCUACCAGGCCGGCAAGAAGGAGACCAAGGACCUGUACGCGCCCAAGCCCAGCAGCAAGGUUUCCAAGGGCAGCAAAAGCAAGGGCAAGAAGAGCAAGUCUCCCAAGCCCGCGAAGCCCGUGGAGGACGAGGACGAGGCCGGCCUGCAGAAGUCCCUCAAGUUCAACCUGAUGAGCGACGCGCCCGGGGACAGCCCCCGCAUCCACCUGCCCCUCAACUACCCGCCAGGCAGCCCGGACCUGGGCCGCCACUACCGCUCCAACUCCCCGCUGCCCUCCAUCCAGCUCCAGCCCCAGUCGCCCUCCGCCUCCAAGAAGCACCAGGUGGUGCAGGACCUGCCGCCGGCGAACACGUUCGUGGGCACCGGGGACACCACGUCCACGGGCUCUGAGCAGUACUCCGACUACAGCUACCGCACCAACCCCCCCAAAUACCCCAGCAAGCAGUUACCUCACCGUCGCGUCACCUUCUCCGCCACCAGCCAGGCCCAGGAGCUCCAGGACCCGUCCCAGCACAGUUACUACGAUAGCGGCCUGGAGGAGUCUGAGACGCCGUCCAGCAAGUCGUCCUCGGGGCCCCGACUCGGUCCCCUGGCUCUGCCCGAGGAUCACUACGAGCGCACCACCCCCGACGGCAGCAUAGGAGAGAUGGAGCACCCCGAGAACGAGCCAGCUGGCCGGAGCAGGCCCUGAGGCGGACUGCCAGACCUGCGCCCUCUGCCCGACGUCGCCAUGACGGGCACGUGCACCCGGGAAUGCAGCGAGUUUGGCCACUCCGACACCUGCUGGAUGCCCGGCCAGUCGUCUCCCAGCCGCCGGACCAAGAGCAGCGCCCUCAAACUCUCCACCUUCGUGCCUUACCAGGACCGGGGAGGGCAGGAGCCUGCGGGCGCCGGCAGCCCCAGCCCCCCGGAAGACCGGAACACCAAAACGGCCCCCGUGCGCCUCCUGCCCUCCUACAGUGCCUUCUCCCACAGUAGCCAUGACUCCUGCAAGGACUCGGCCACCUUGGAGGAGAUCCCCCUGACCCAGACCUCGGACUUCCCACCCGCAGCCACACCGGCAUCCGCCCAGACGGCCAAGCGCGAGAUCUACCUGUGAGCCCCCCUCUGGCCGGCCGGCCAUCCCUCCCCAGCCGCCGGCCAGCUCCACUCCUGACCCCUCCAGCGUGGACUUCCUGGGCCAGGGCUCCGGGGGCGGCGGGGGGGUGCUGGCCUCACGACCACGCUGGCCCUUCCCCCAGGCAGGGUCCAGGUCCCCUCCCCUCACUUCAUCCCCCAGACCCUAGGGAGCCCCCUCUUCCCCUUAUGGGGCUCCCCCAAGCUGACGCCCAAGAGGGCUCCGCUACCCUGACCAGGCUCCCUCCUCUCGACUUCCGGGGAGCACCCCCUCACUUUGGGCAGAUGGUGGAGUCAGGGGUGGGCAGCACACUUUUAACUCGUUGUCUCCCGCGUGGCCGACCAGGGCGGGGCUCGGACGCCCCCAUUCCAGCCCUGCAGCAGGGCUGAACUGGGGAGCCCCCCUGGGAACUCCCAGAGGAAACUCUUGACCGCCAGGGGCUCCCUGAAGGGCUGUUGUUACCAAAGGUGGGGUGGGGAUGGGGGUGGGAGUGGGCGGAGGCCUUGUCUUCCUGCACUGCUCCUGGGCCGCCCACCCGCCUGCCACGCGCCCGCAGGCGCCUGGUCCCCUGGGGCCCCCUCCCUGCGGCUCAUGCAGUGUCUGUACAUAAGGACCUUGGAAUGAUGUCCCCAUUUCUGCCUGAUUUGCAACUUUUCUUGUUGAUGUUGUGUUGUCUUGGGGGACCCCUCUGGGGGGGGAAACCUGCCCUGUGCCCCCUCCUCCCUGCCGCAGUGCCCCUACCCCAGGCCUCUAUCGUUCAAUGUUGUAAAUACCCCUGGGGCCGCGGCGGGAGGGGGUGCAGGCCAGGGAGACAAAGGGGGGUGGGGGUGGGGAUGGGGGAACAUUCGCCUAUCAGCAGAGCUGGGCUUUUAUUUAAUUUUUUUUAAGAAAUCAAAUCUCUAUUUUUUUGGAACUGUUGCGCUGUGCCCUGGGGGGGGGGAUCCCCGCUCCAGAUGAGCAUCACAGAGGGGCCCUGAGGCUGUGGGGGCAGCUGGACAGGGCUGGGAUGACUGUGCCUCCGGCCUGGUUGGGUGAGUUGGGAGCAGGAAGGUCUGCUCAGGCGGUGGCGGGUUGCUGCCCCCCCGCCCCCUCCCUGCCCCCCACCCCCCAGCCCCUGCCAUGACUGACCCGUCAGCCUGUAAAACCACCAUUGCCUUGAUCUCAGGGGGUGGGAAGGGCUGCCUCAGGGCACCCUGGGCUUCGGGCCCCCUUCUUCCAGUUGGGCUUCCCUUUGCCAGGGUCAGGGGUCCCUGGGGGAGGGGGUGGGGAGACUGGGGGAGCAGAGAAGCCCAGUCAGCCAUGACGAGGUGGGAUUCUUUCCUUCACCUCAGGGGGCCAGGGUGUGAGGGGCACCCUGCUGAGCCCCCAUCUCCCACUGUGGCCAUCUCAAAGCCUCAGUCCCCUUUCCUUCCAGAAACCCCCACUGCCUUGGCCCAUACCUCUCCAGCUCCCCAGGGGCCCAGGCUGGGAGGCUGGAGACCUCAGGGUAUGGCCCUUGCUCGACUUCGUCUAAGCUUGGGGGGCGGCCCAAGGGCAGGAGGGGUGGGUACAGGCUGCUGGGUCGUCUGGUGCCUUUGGAGCUGUGCUGCUGGGGUCUCGACACCCGUAACCCCAGAGACACCCCCCUGCCCCCCGGAAGCCAGGGGGCUGAGGAAGCCCCUUAGUCACCGCUCCUUGGCCCUGACUUGGCUUUGGGUAACAGUGCCGGGAAGGAGAGCUUUGUUCGGCUGGUGCCCCAGCGCACACCGCCCUUCUCUGGAGGGCAGGGGCUAGAGCAGGCUGGGGUGGCAGCAACCAGGUCUAGGGAUUGGCCAAAGGCUCCUUUCCCUGGGGGAGGCCCAGGAAGUGGGCUGGGGCUUGUUAAAGAGACAGCCCCUUCCCCCUGCACAAACGGGGCAGGUGCAAUAGUGGCGGAGUUUGUCACAGGCGGUGCCGGCUGGUGAGUCAGUGGCCUCAAAGGGCUGUCCUGGGUCCUGGAGGUCAGGAUGCUGGCAAAAAGAUGGCAGAGGCCCAGGUGCUUGGCAGGGAGGUGUCUGCACAGGCGGCCUUCCUGGGGUCAGUGUUCUCCCCCGAAGGCCCUGUUGGCCUGGGCGCCCCGCCUUGGUCUUGGAGCCCCGUGAGCACGGGGUGGCGGGGGUGGCAGGGGAGUCAGGACAGAGGAGCAUUUUGCACAAUGGAGAAGCCAGAAGGAAGGGGGUGGCCAGGUGGCCAGGAGGGCUGAGAAGCACAGAGGAGGAGCCCUGCCCGCAGGCAAAGGCAGAGCCCUAGCCCCCUGGUUGGGGUCAGGGUGCCGAGUCUGUCACCACCUGGGCACUCGAGAGGUGAAACCAAAGGUGGGCAGGGGAUGGGUGACAGUACUGGGGACCAUCGCGGUUGGUCCUAGGUUUGUGAAGCCCUUCCCCGAUGCCUUGUGUCGCGUACAGUUUUAUGUACAAAUGGGCGACAUUUGGCCAGAGGAGACCCCGCUCAAACCCAGCCUGACCCAGUCAGAGUCUUCCUAGAGGGGACCUAGUCGGUCCCCAACUCCUACUUCGGAGCGUGUCUCUUGGUAGGGGGAGGGUCUACGGGGACUGACUUCUCUCCUAGGGUCCCUGAAGCCUGUCUCACACAGCCGGAGGGGGCUCGGACCUCCCUCGCUCUGGGGGCUCCCUGGGCCCUCUCUCUCCCCUUGGGAAUCUCUGGGGGUCGUGUCCUCCCGCUGGGGACCGUGGGAGCGCGGCCCCCUUCUAGCCAGGCUCUCUGCGAGCCUGUUCUCCUCCCCGGCUGCUGGGAGGCCCUGAGGCCUUCGGGUCUUGGGGGCCCGCUCCCUUCCCAGGGCAGGGCCCGCGGCUCGGAAGGAAGCCCCUCUGGGAGGAGCUGUUUCGGGCCCUCCCCGCGCCUCUCCUGCGGCCUCUGGCCGACCUGCAGCAUCUGGGCUGAGACUGGGCAGCUCGGAGUGGUCUCUUCUCCUCGGGCCCCGGGGAGCCUCUCUCCUGAGGGCCCGGCCUCUGGAGCCAUUUCUUCCCUGGGUGGGGGCGGUCUCCGGCUGUUGGGUUGGCUCGUGUUGGCCAAGAGAAAGUCUCUUAGGGGGCGUCUCCACGUGGGACUUCUCUGGGAGGGGGGACUGUGUCUCGCCCAUGGGGUUCCCGGGCCGCGUGUCUGCCCGUGGGGACGGGGAGACUGUGUCUCCUCGGGUUAUCGGAGUGGGGAGGGGGGCCGUGUCUCUCUCGUGUGUUGGGGGGGUGGGCGUCGGGGAGGGGGGUUGGGGGCGCCUCGGGUGCCCACACUGGGGUCGUGUUUCUCUUGGUUCGUGCCACUUCCCAUCGCCUCGCUCCUCCUGGGAAGGGCCCCCGCCCCGCCCCCACUGCACCCGGUCCCUGGCGCUGCGAGCACAAUCCCGUUGAUUUGUAAUGAUUUCUGUCUCUCUGUCUUUCUCUUUCUCUGCCCACCCCCGCCCCCGCCGCGAGCAUGCGCAGGCACCGCCCCUACCCCUCCGGUUCGGUUCGUUUCCGGUUUGUUUGCUGAGCUGUCAAUGAAAGGCCCGUGUAAUUAUUCCCGAGCUUUACAAUAAAAGUGUGAAAACCGGA